AUGGCUUUAGGCGGCUCUACAUAUUUAAAAGACGCAUCUAUGCUUGAACAACUGCUUGAAGAAAUUAACUUUCAAAGAACCAAAGAAAUGCGGCAACUCAUGAAGGAUGAGUCUGGCUUUGUGGUGCUGCAAGGAACAACAUACUGGACUGACUUGUUUGUGAGGCACUUCCUAUUCCAAGAGGAGCAAGCUAUAGACUGUGAUGAUCUUUUGUUCUUUGUAAGGAAGAGGCAUGUUAAAGGAUCCUCUCGCUAUCUGCCUAAGUAUGAGACGGACGUCGAAGUGUUUCGCAAGGACUCGAAGAAGCUGCCAAUCGGCGACCCGGAGAUCGACUGGGAGGAGACGGUCUACUUGAACCUGAUCGUCCACCAAAGG